UUGGGAGUGACGCAGGGCAGGAGGAGAGCGAGUCGCAGCUUCAGGGGGAGGACGGUGAUCGGCGGUGAUGCUGAAGGCCUGUAGCUUCUAAUCUCACAGGUUCAAGCCCCGAGCUCGACCUCAGAGGACAUGUGUGUCCGCGACGUGUAGGAGAAGCACAUCAGAGAAGCAUCGGUCCAGUGAAGCGGCUCGGCUCGGAUCCACUCUCAGAGCAGGUGUUAAACGGUUGACUCAGAUUUGAUUUGGCCCUGUCAUCUCCUCCCUCCAGCGCGUUUUGAUAUCCGUCCCCGGCGUCAAACAUGAACUACCUGCGUCGACGACUCUCGGACAGUAAUUUCAUGUCCAACCUGCCCAACGGCUACAUGAGCGACCUGCAGCGGCCCGACCCGCCCCAGCAGAGCCCCGCAGUGUCGCCGGAGCGCCGCCAGCCCGCCAGCCAGCCGCAGUCUGGAGGAGGAGGAGGAGGAGGUGCGGGAGGAGGCUCCAGCUUCUUCUCCUCCAUCUCCAACGCUGUCAAGCAGACGACGGCUGCUGCAGCCGCCACCUUGUCCGAGGCUGCGGACCGGGCUGGAGUGUCCAGCAACGCCAAGAUUCUCCUGGUCAUAGACGACCAGCAGACCGACUGGGUGAAGGUUUUCAGAGGAAGGAAGGUCCACGGUGAAUUUGACAUCAAAGUUGAGCAGGCUGAGUUUUCCGAAAUCAACUUGGUUGCAGACUCAACCGGCACCUAUAAUGUGGACAUUGAUGCCAUCAGGAAUGGACACAAAGUGACUAAGUCUUUCAAGCCAGACUUUGUGCUGAUCAGACAACAUGCAUUCAGCAUGGAUAAAAACGGCGACCACCGGAACAUUGUGAUUGGACUUCAGUACGCCGGCCUGCCAAGUGUUAACUCUUUGCACUCUGUAUACAAUUUCUGCGAUAAGCCAUGGGUGUUUUCUCAGAUGUCUCGAGUUGGAAAACAGCUGGGCCCCGAGGAGUUCCCUCUGAUCGAGCAGAUUUACUAUCCUAAUCACAAGGAAAUGAUCACUUCGCCGCAGUUUCCUGUCGUGGUGAAGAUGGGCCAUGCUCACUCAGGAAUGGGAAAGGUCAAGGUGGAUAAUCAGUAUGAUUUUCAAGACAUCGCCAGUGUUGUGGCACUGACCAAGACCUACGCCACGUCUGAGCCUUUCAUCGAUGCCAAGUACGACGUGCGCAUCCAGAAGAUCGGCGACAACUACAAGGCGUACAUGAGGACGUCGAUUUCUGGCAACUGGAAAACCAACACUGGCUCCUCCAUGCUGGAGCAGGUGGCCAUGUCCGACAAGUACAGGAUGUGGGUGGACUCUUGUGCCGACAUCUUCGGGGGAUUAGACAUAUGCGCCGUAGAAGCUCUGCAUGGUAAAGACGGCAAGGACUACAUCAUAGAGGUGGACGACUGCUCCAUGCCACUCAUCGGAGACCAACAGGACGAGGAUCGUGUUCAGAUUGCAGAGUUGGUGGUGGCUAAGAUGAAUCAGUCGGUUGCCAGGACAUCCAGCUCCUCGACUGUACGUGCUGCAGCUACAGCGCAGCAGGUACAGAAGGCUGUAUCUCCUCAGCCAGUCUCUCAGCCCAGAGUCCCACAGGCUCAGCCCCGCCCCUCACCACAAGGUGGACCCCAGCAAGGCCCACCGUCUCAGCAGCGUCCACAGCCUCAAGGGCAACCUCCUGCCCAGGCGCAGCAGUCUGCAGGAAGCCCGGGCUCUGCUGAAGCUUCCACCAAGGCUAGCCAAGGACCUGCUCAGCAGCAAAGGUCACCAGGUCAGGGAGGGACCCAGAAAGCUCCAGCUGGUCAGCGAAGCCAAGGUGGCUCGCCUCAGUCUCAGAGGCAACAAUCCCUCAACCAGCAGCAGCAGAAGCCUACUCCUGGAGGAGCCGGUCAGAAACCUCAACCACCGCAGCAGAGGCCGGCCCAGCCUCCCAGGCAGCAGUCGCAGGGCGGAGGGUCACAGCCACAAAGACCUCCAGGUCAGCCGGGGCGCCCCCCAUCGGCCACGACCCAACAGCCUCGACCGGGAGCUCAAGGUCAGGGCGGCCCGGGAGGUCGUCCCCCGCUGCAGCAGAAGCCUCAGCCUCCUCAAAAGCCCAGCCAGGACAACCCGGCUGUGGGGGGUUCUCCUCAGCUGAACAAGUCGCAGUCUCUUACCAAUAACUUCAACAUUCCAGAAACCCAAGCGCCGCGAGCCAGCCUUAGCCAGGACGAGGUGAAGGCAGACACCAUUCGCAAUCUACGCAAAUCAUUUGCCAGUUUCUUCUCAGAGUGAGAUGAAAUCACGCCCCUACCUGACCCCCACUCACCCCCCCAAAAAAAUCUUCCAGACAGAUGGACAAGAUGUGUUCUCUCUGCAACCCACAAGGACCAAUAAGUAGCCGUUUCCUAUUAAUGUGAAGUCCCGCUAUACAAUUGUGUCCAACAAAAAUCCACUGCCUAAAGAGUUAAUAUUGUGAAGUUGGAAAAAAAAAGAAAAAAACAUUCCGUAACUCCUUGUAUCACAUGAACAACUCAGUGUAGCAUUUGUUCAUUUAAUAUUCAACUGAAGCCAAACUGUAUGGAACUAAACCUCCAAUGAAUCUUUUAUUUUUCUCUGAAUUUGACCGAGUAUUGACCACUUUUUAGAAUUCCCAAUUUAACGUCAGAUGUCUUUUUUUUUUAUUAAACUCCAUCAAAAAAAUGAUCAUGAAAUCUGAAAAGCAAUAUUAUAUCAGUAGCUGUUUCAGGUUUGUAGCACUAGGUUUUAUGCAGAAACAUUAUUAUUAAAGCAAGAGGAAGAAAAGGCUAUUACAAAAUUGAAAUAAUAACAUUACAAAAUAGAGUUAGAUUAACAUUAAAUAUCCUGUCUGUGAUGUAUAGAAAUGAUAUCUUGGCAGCCGCAUGUGUUUUCUCAGUGCAUCAUGUAUUGCGACGCGACUGCCGCUCACCAAUGUCCGAGCAAAUGUAGCAAUAUUUCAACACUUGUCUGGGAGUUCUUUGUCCAGAUCAUGGUGUUAAACUCAAGGCUGGAGGGCUAAAUGUGGCCUGGCAGGUCAAAGCAUGUGGCCCACAUCAUCAAAAUUGAUAAAGUGGAGUUUAGUUUCCGAUGUUUUAGUCAUUUCUUCGGCCAGUGCAGGAAUAAAUGGCCCUAACUUGAAUUUUAAUCUUCAAUUGAGUAUGGACUGAACGAAUGCUGCACAAAAAACAUCACUCUGACUGAAUCCCCACGGCAAACGCUCACGCUCCCAACUGCACUCAUUGUUUUGUUGCUCAGCAACGACAACGCGUCGCAGCAGUAGCCAACAGCUGUUCCUCACUCGUGAUGGUGUCUGUAACUGCAUGUCAACAGAAGACAGUAACCCUCGGACAUCCAUGCUUGUAACUGUGUCGUCGCCUAGUGCUGUAAGAUUAGCCCGGUAGAUGUUGUGAGUGUUUUGGCGCUACCUCUUGUUUUGUCGCUGAGGAACACCCUCCCUCCCUGUCCCCAGCCCCCGACUCAUGCCUUACACAGACAAGAGGGUCCAAUCAAAUGGAGUUGUCUCAGGGAUUUCCAAUUGAUUCGUGACGCUUGUGUGUGUGCGCGUGUGUGUGUGAGGGUCUUCCAUUAGGACGAAGGUGAAAGCAUGCCUGGUGAUGCCGCUCCUCUUGUUCCAAAUGCACACACACAUCACCGCAAAGGUACACUUGAAUCUUGCGACGACGCUUUCAGGUUCACCCACGACAGAGCAACGUUCCUUCCGGCAGCUUCUGGACUCAAUCACAAAGCAAUGUGGAGAAUAUUGCACUUCAAUCCGACUGCUCACACAGCGAAGCCAAGUUUGACGCCUCAUAUAUUUGUUAUUCUCAUCAGUGGAAUGUUGCAUGAGUGUUUCGUUUAUUGCCAUCAAAAGCCUCUCAUUAAAUUCUUGGAUUUCAUGUUCAUGGAGGAAAAUCUAUUCAAGGCACUAAAACAGUCUUCCAUGAGAGUGUUAACUUCAUGUGGCAAUACCCCCCUCCCCCGGCAGAUCCCUGACGCGGCCUGUGUUUCUCGGUCCAUUCGUGUAGCCACAGUGACCCCUUGUGCUCAAUAAGUGUGUGAAUGUUCUGUAACUGGUGAAACCAAAUAGAUGUAUCGUAGAGAGCUCUGAGUGAUGCACAUUGUCGCCUUUAUCUCUUGCUGCUACUUGUGCUUGUUAUUAUUGCGUGUGUCUCAUUUAUGUAUUUUUAAUUUAUGUUUAAUAUUCCAGAGAUCUGUUCGUUUGGCUCAACUGUCACUGCAUGAUUGUCCGGUUUAUUGUGGUGCUGAGAAUGCGAAAGAGAUUGUGGCCAUUCAUGAACACGCUUACAUCGAAGCUGGAGAUGCUGAUGAUGUGACGACACUGAUUCUAAUUCUGUUUUUGAUAUUCACACCCAUGUACUACUCUCUGACAGGCGACAUCAACUAUGGUGAAUAUAUUUGACUGUGAAUGUAAAUGAUUUUUUGUUGCUACAACUGGUUUAUGCAUCGUAUAAUCAUCGUGAAAAGACGACAUCUAUGUAGGUGGAUGCCUGCCGGAAUUGAAUCAUUCUUCUUCGAUGUGAGUCCAAAACUGAGGGUUUGGCUCGAUCCAAUAAUAAAUAUAUAGAUGAUGAAUAAUGUAAAUCAUGGUGGAUUGUUAUAUUAAAUGUAAAAGAAAUAUUUGAUGUUAUAUGCAAUGUUUAUAUUAUUUAUUAGGAUCCAAUGUUCAUAAGACAUGCACAUAUUCAAUAAAGUCUACGACCAA